AAAAAUACUAGGAUUUAUUGAUCCUUUACUCCAUAAAUAUUUCAAUUCAAUCACCUAUGCUUUUACUCUUUCCAUAUGGCUAAUAUCAAUGAAACCAUGUCCAAAUCCAGUGAUUGGAUUUCAUACCAUCAACCGCAAACCAACUCAUAUGCAACUUUUAAUGACACGGUGUCAGAUGCUACGAUCGUCACCACCACCACCCCCAACUCUGUCGAUGUCACGGGCACUUCUAUUCAAAGCAAUUUGGGACCGGAAGGUGGCAUUUCGAAACCUCUCCGAAAACGUUCUAGGGCAUCCCGACGAACACCGACCACCCUACUUAACACUGACACGAGCAAUUUCCGAGCACUGGUGCAACAGUUCACCGGCUGUCCAUCUGCACCCACGGCUGGUGGAGGAGGUGGUGGUGGGUUUCACAUGCAGUAUCCAAACCAGCAACAACAGAACAUAUACUUCAGUUCAUUAAAUAACAAUCCGGCUGAUGAUUUUCAUCAAAGAGUUAACAGCUCUACUUCUAACAACGUGGAGGAUUCUGCUGGCUUUGUUAUUGAUGGUUUUUCAACCUAUCUGCCACCAAGGUCUUCUUCGUACAAUUAAAAUGGGACCCAUAAAAGAGAAUUAGCAUCUGACUUUUCAUAGGAUGAAUGUAACCAAUGUAAGUUCUAUCUUCUUAUUCUCUCUUGAUAUGAGGACUAGGUAAAUUAGGUAUUUGCAAUACUUGUUAUUUUAUGUUUCUUUUUUAAAAUCAUGAUGUAAUGUUCCCAUAUGUAAACAUACCUAUUUAACCAGUUACUUCUAUA